GUAGGAGUGACUUUUCGUCGGAGUGACCUUCGCUGCGGGCUCACCUGGCUCCGCCUAGCACUGACAUGCGCGUUGGGAUUUGGCCCCCCCGCGACCCCCUAAAGCCGCGCACCAAAGGGCACUCUUGCCCAGGACCACCGCCGUAGCCAUUUUGGCUCAAGCAAUUUUGGCAACCCUCCGUUCUGGGAGCGUGUUCGAGCCCGUUGUGGUGUGUGCGCUUUUGAGCCGCCCGCGAGCAGAAGCGGGGCUGCCCGAUGACGCAUGACACCGAGAAGAUCCAGCUGAUCUCGAAGAAGGCGGAGCCCCCCGCCGCGUCCGAGCCCGACGAGGACGAGCACCCGGCACGCUCGCGCGAUUUUGCCAAGGCGAUCGUCAGCAACAUCCGGAUGGUGCGGCAGGACUUCGAGCCGCAGCCCUUCCCCGACAGCUUUCUCAAGAGGCCCGUGGUGGUCGCCUUCGUCGUGCUAUAUGCGAUCACGGGUGUCGGGGUCCCCCUCUACCUCUUGAGCGGCCACUACGAAGACUUGCGCGGCAGCGGGGCUGCUCAAUCGAUCUUUGAGGAGGACUGGCACAAGCGUCGGGUCGCCAAGGCAUACCUCUGCAUGGUGCCAGUGACUCUAUUGGCCAUCCCGGUGUUCUCGCCGUCACUGGCGAGGGCGUCAGUCAUGCCGUAUCUUUUAAUCACAGUCUUCGCCGUAAAGGAGGCCGUCGAUGAGGUGACCAAAGAUGACUUCAAGCAUUUCUUGAUUCGCGCGCUCGGCAAUCUCCUCGCUACCCUGUGCGCCCUGUCAUAUCUGCGUUUCAUGGAUUACCUGGAUCACAUUGUCCACCAGAUCAUGGUGUGCGAGCAUUCUCUUCUUGAGGAGAAGCCUGUCAAGAAGAUGCAGGGUAUCCUCCACAGCGUUGGCCUGACCCGUACUGGCAACCCCGCGAAGGACAAGUUCAUGUCAGUGAGCCGAAAUCGUGGCAUCGCAGACGUGGUCUACGAAAAAGUCUGGCACCCGCUCAGGAUUGGCUCAAAUGUGGUUGCGGUCGUUUCGUACGUAUCCUACACCCUUAUCAGCGAGUAUGCGGGUUCGGUGCUGGCGUGCGGAUUCGUGUACUACUUGUUGACAGCGGUGUUCGUAGGCUACAAGUUCUGGGAUCAAGUCACCAUGCUGAUCAAGAUUUGGACGCACAAACCCUUUUUCGUCGGAGACUUGGUGACCAUCAAACUGAUGGGCCGUGGCGCAGAUACUGGCAUCGAUGGCUUCGUUGAGCACGUCACCCUCAGCUAUGUGCUGAUCCGGACCUUCGACUAUAAGCAGACGUACCUGCCACUCUCCGAACUGACGGAUUCCGUGAUCCAGAAUUGGUCCCGGCGGCCGACUAAGCCGUUGCUGAUAAAUUUCACUGCGAGCCCAUCUUCCAACCCAGAUAAGGUCAAUGAGCUCGUCAGUUUCGCCAAGCGCUGGAUCGACGAGAGCCAGAAUGUCCUCCAGAGUGGGUACAAGAAGUGUUGCGUGAGCGGCUUUUCCCAUGGCUUCGAAAUCAAGGUCAUCUGUUCACCUGACAUCGGUAAGAAAAAGACAGAGCUUCGGCAAUCAUUCAUCUUGGCAGUCACAGCGCAGGCAGAGAAGCUCAAUGUGACCCUUGCCUCCGAGGACGCGGCCUCCGUGUUUCUGCCGGACGAGCUGAUCUCGAACAAGUCGAAGUGAGUUUUGGCCAGGAGCCGUUCCAAAGACGAACUGAAUUCACUGAGUGCAGAGGCCUCCAAGUAACCUUUGCAGUGCGCAGGUAGCUGGAAGCAGGAGGGGCACCAAACGUAGGCCAGAUGAGGCUCCUCAUCGUGGGCGUCGUCUUGAGAUGAGCUCCGAGGGGAAGCUCAACAAGCACCGUUGCCGUGCGAGCGGCCUGGCUGCACAAGCUCCACGGCAAUCAAUUCAGGCGGGGCCCUUUGCGAGCCGUCCUGGGGUGCCUGCUGCUCGCAGCAGUGUAUGCGCAGGACGUCCAAUCUCGUGACGCUGUCCCACCACCUCGUCCUCCUCGUCCUCCUCCUCGGGCUCCUCCUCGCCCUCCAACUCGUGACGCGCCGCUUUCUCCUCCACCUUUUGUUGGACCGACGCAGUGCGGGAGCCAACCAAACCUGGGGAGCCGGUUAAUGAUAGGGCUCCGAACCAGCAAAGUAGGUGUAGCACUUGCGCGCGUGCGCGGGAUGCCUUUUUGCCAAUUCGUGAUUCAAUGGCGGUUUGUUGUGUCGCGGAGCGCGACGCACGAGUUUUCCUCAGAACCCCCAAACGGCUUACUUCUGUUGGCAGGCGCAACCAUUCAUAUGACUGCUGGCUAAUAUAUCUUGUCAAAUCACACUCGUGGAACAAAAAUCCUGCCCAGGCCACCCUGGACAAUGGCGUUGAUGUGUCGUAAAGCUCCCAUGGAAAUUCCAUGCCGAUCCCAUCUAUUCCGACCCCAUCUAG